AUGCAGUGCAUUGAUAGGAGGAUUCACAAGCGUUCACAAAAGACUGGCCGCUUUGUCGCCUUUGAGCCUCACUGUAUCAACCAUGCGUGGAACACGGUAAACAGUAAGCCAAAAGAUCUCACCAGCGAUCAACUGUGCCGUGCGCAAGCGCUUGCCAAUGGCUCAAACUACCAACAUCCGAGUGAAGACCUGAUCAAGCGAAUGCGCGAGAGGAAUGCUGUCUCUAUCACGCAGGCGGAAAGCUGCCUCGCGGACCCCGUACCUCCUUCAGCUUCAACAUCGACACGUUCGCGAACUGAUGAUCUUGCCGGCAGUCCGCCAGCACCCGCCAUCGAUCCACUCGAGAAGGCUCCUGUCAUCCCACAAUCACAUCCAUGCGCGAAACUCUCGUCAGAGAAUCGGAUGUGGGAAGAGAAAGCAAGUAAAGGCAUCGCUCACAAGGGCCUGAGCUUGGACAAAGUCUGGGAUAAGAAGACAUGGAAGCAGAAAGCCAACAACAUCGAAAGAUUGAAGUUGCUAAAGGACGAUGGGUACGAUAUCAUAUCUCUACAGGCCCCGAAGACAUCCGCAGAUGCAAUAAUCGAAGCUCUACUGGCUCACGUUAAGGUACGGAAGGGGAACAAUCUGGUUCUUGCAGCUUCCACAGUACUACCUUCAACUCCCAGUGAAGAAUUGUCAGAACCAAGCAAAGAAGAUAGCUAUGAGCCCACUCUAGCGAACGAUAACGGCACAUCGAAUGCGGAGCCCGAGGCAGCUGCAGACCCUGUUCCAUCAGGUGCGAUACCCCAAGGCGUUCCGGAGUUUGAGCACGAUGAACCAGAAUCGCACUCACAUAUUCCGCCCCCCGUCGCAGGACUGAAACGCAAGCAUACACACGAGGAUGAAAAACAACCUGAUUGGCACCAAGACAACCCACAAAAGGAACUUCAUGAAGCCUACAACAGAGCAAAGCCCAACAUCCUUGUCGACUCGCCGUGCACUUGCAGGAACGCUAAGAUAGCGCGAGUGUUGACAAGGGAGCAGGUUGCGAAUGCCUUCGCACAACAAGCUUUGUUCAUAUACAGUCGAAAGAUUCGUCGUGACAUCUUCCAGUAUUCCAGAGAGGUGAGAAGGUUGUUUCAGGGCCCAAAGUCAGAAAGAUCCCCCCACACUGGUAUUGGGUCGUGGAGAUCCUCACAGAUCAUUUUCCAGCCGCCGCCGUCGUCCGCUCACCAAUCUCACGACCCGCAUGUGUACAUCAGCGCGAUGGGUAUGAAGCUGAUCAUGUGGGAACUUUCGCACAUCGCUCAUGAUCUUCAUAAAGAUGGUAACUGGUGCAUCGCAGACCCCGACGAGAUUGAAGAUCGAGAGGGCGAUGGAUUGAUGGAAGCAUACAACUCAGUACAGGAAGAAUUCCGGUCCAAGAUCCGCAUUUUCGACACUCCAACAUUCCCUAUGAUCAUCGAAGGAGAGAUCAUGGCACUAGUUGGUCUACUAAGACGUCUUCGUAAGAGCGGUAUCAGCUACUAUCACAAAGCACAUUAUGAUCCGCAACGGCAGGAGGUGGUCCCAUAUGACAAUGAAACCAAGCAGUUGAGUGAGGCCACCGAGUCUGCUUUGGAGGAGGCCGAAAAGAUAUUAGAGGCAGGACAGGCUCUUAGUGGCGUAGUCCAUAUUGGGUGCCCGGAAAGCUCAGACUACCUAGAUAGUUUGUUCUAG